GGUGAGUUCUCUGAGAUCUUGGGCCCAGGAUCUAGGCAUCUGGGGCCAGCCUUCUCCCCGAGGGCCCCCAAUUCAAAGUUAACCCACAGACAAGGAAUAUGUGGGCUUUGCUGCCCUACCCAACCAGCUGCAUCGAAAGUCUGUCAAGAAGGGGUUUGACUUCACACUCAUGGUGGCAGGGGAGUCAGGCCUGGGGAAAUCCACCCUCAUCAACAGCUUGUUCCUCACCAACCUCUAUGAGGAUCGUCAGGUGCCAGAUGCCAGUGCUCGCACCACACAAACUCUGACCAUUGAGCGCCGGGGUGUGGAGAUUGAGGAGGGAGGUAUCAAGGUGAAGUUGACCUUGGUGGACACACCUGGCUUCGGGGACUCUGUGGACUGCUCAGACUGCUGGCUGCCUGUGGUUCGCUUCAUCGAGGAGCAGUUUGAGCAGUACCUCAGGGACGAGAGUGGCUUGAACAGGAAGAACAUCCAAGAUUCUAGAGUCCACUGCUGCCUCUACUUCAUCUCACCCUUCGGCAGGGGGCUCCGGCCCCUAGAUGUGGCUUUCCUCCGGGCCGUGCACGAGAAAGUCAAUAUCAUCCCGGUCAUCGGCAAAGCAGAUGCCCUGUUGCCUAGGGAAACUCAGGUCCUUAAGCAGAAGAUCCGGGACCAGUUGAAGGAGGAGGAGAUCAACAUCUAUCAGUUUCCAGAAUGUGACUCUGAUGAAGACGAAGAAUUCAAGAAGCAAAAUGAAGAAAUGAAGGAAAACAUCCCUUUCGCAGUCGUUGGUUCGAGUGAAGUGGUGAGGGACGGAACCCGACCAGUGAGGGGACGCCGCUAUUCCUGGGGUACCGUGGAGGUGGAGAACCCACAUCACUGCGAUUUCCUGAACCUGAGGCGGAUGUUGGUGCAGACACACCUUCAGGAUUUGAAAGAGGUGACCCACGAUCUGCUCUACGAGGGCUACCGGGCUCGCUGCCUACAGAGUCUGGCUCGACCUGGGGCCCGGGAUCGAGCCAGUCGCAGCAAGCUUUCCAGGCAGAGUGCCACAGAGAUCCCGCUGCCCAUGUUGCCCCUGGCCGACACUGAGAAGUUGAUUCGCGAGAAGGACGAAGAGCUGCGCCGCAUGCAAGAAAUGCUGGAGAAGAUGCAAGCCCAGAUGCAGCAGAGCCAGGCUCAGGGCGAGCAAUCAGAUGUGCUGUGAGAUGCUCACCGCCGCCUAUCCUAGCGUCUGCUCACCGCUAAUCUGUCUCAUCCCGGCUCUAGACUGCCCAGCGCCCAAUCCGAAGACCCAGAGGGUAGGCCGGCCCUUGUACUUAAAUCAGGUGCCUCCAAUCCGGAAGUUUAAGGCCCAGCGAACUCCGCCUUCUAUACUGUUCUGAGAGGACUGCCCUCCAAACGCCUAACGGCAGGUUCCACUUGGGUUUUAGCGUUCCUCCAAGUUCUCCAUCUAAUAAAACUGCUCCCUGCUUCCCCC